CAGCGCCCCGCCGCAGCCCCCUGCCUGGCCCAGGCAUCCCCCUCCCACGGGGACUCCGUCUCUAUUUUGGGGGAAGGGGAGGUUCAGCGGAAGCCCCGAGUUAUAAUUAGCCCCACUCGGGUUUCCUAGAUAAUCUCAGCCCCGCCACCACCCCAGCUCAGGGCGGCGGGGGCUGGGUGCGGGGUGACCGCCGCGAGAAGGGGGGAGUUCCGACCCGGGGAAUUUUGAUCCCUUGGCUGGAGAUGCCGGAACCACAGCAGCUGCGGCCCCAAAAUAGCGCCCCCGCCCUCUGCAGCGGGGGAUCUCCGGAGCUCGGAGAACACAGGCGUCCCGGUUCGCCCUUCAGACCCCUCCGCAAUGCCCUCCAGCCCCCAGACCCCCGCCCCAAGUUUUCUGCUCCUUUGCUUGGGGCGGGGAGCGCCGUUAUUUUAUCGGUUUCUACUGCCCCCCGCUGGCGGCAGUGUGCACAGCAUCAUCAGACGAAUGAGGGACGAGUCCUGGGGUCCAAGGCUGGCGAACCCGUUCGCGGAGGCUAGGCGACAGGGGUGCGCAACUGAUGGGCACCCACGGGUACCAGCACGCUGUGCCAGACAGUGGACGAGGCGGGCUGGGCGGGGCAGGGUGUGGGGUAGGCAGGAUUUGGGGUGCCCCAGGACCUGCGGCUCCCACACCCUGAAUGCCCAACCCACCCUGGCCAACGCAGGAGAGGCUGUGCCUUCACGCCACCGCACGCGCCCCCAUUGGCACCUCCCAUCAUCGAGGGCUCCACCCCUGUCGGGUAGCCUCUGCGUGGACUGCAGCCUCUGGUGCGGGUGCCCACAAGGCUCACACUGGGCCCAAUCCAGCCCACCCAGCGGGGGGAAGGAGCCGCCUGCCUGCCUUGGCAGCCAUCUGCCUGCCUUGGCAGCCAUGAGGCCCCCAUGGUGUCCCCUGCAUACUCUCUUCCCACCGUUCCCACUUCUCCUCCUCCUCCUCCUCCUCCUCUUCCUCCUGGGAGGAGGGGCAGAGGCUGAGCACCCAGAGGACCCGGAGCUGCUGGUGAUGGUGCGUGGGGGCCGGCUUCGGGGCACCCGCCUAAUGGCCCCUGGGGGCCCUGUCUCUGCUUUUCUGGGCAUCCCCUUCGCAGAGCCACCUGUAGGCCCCCGUCGCUUUCUGCCACCGGAGCCCAAGCGACCCUGGCCAGGGGUGCUAGAUGCCACAGCCUUCCAAAGUGUCUGCUACCAAUACGUGGACACCUUGUACCCUGGCUUUGAGGGCACCGAGAUGUGGAACCCAAACCGUGAGCUGAGUGAGGACUGCCUCUACCUCAACGUGUGGACACCGUACCCUCGGCCUAAGACCCCCACCCCUGUCCUCGUCUGGAUCUAUGGGGGUGGCUUCUACAGUGGGGCCUCCUCGCUGGACGUGUAUGAUGGCCGCUUCCUGGCCCAGGCAGAGGGGACUGUGCUGGUAUCCAUGAACUACCGGGUGGGAGCCUUUGGCUUCCUGGCCCUACCAGGGAGCCGGGAGGCACCAGGCAAUGUGGGUCUUCUGGAUCAGAGGCUGGCCCUGCGAUGGGUGCGGGAGAAUGUGGCAGCCUUCGGGGGGGACCCGAUGUCAGUGACUCUGUUUGGGGAAAGUGCAGGUGCCGCCUCUGUGGGCAUGCACCUCCUGUCCCCACACAGCCGGGACCUGUUCCACAGGGCUGUGCUGCAAAGCGGUGCACCCAACGGGCCCUGGGCUACGGUGAGCAUGGGAGAGGCCCGCCGCAGGGCCACACUGCUGGCUCGACUCAUAGGCUGUCCCCCAGGUGGGGCUGGUAGCAAUGACACAGAGUUGGUCGCCUGCCUGCGAACACGGCCAGCUCAGGACCUGGUGGACCACGAGUGGCAUGUGCUGCCUCAGGAAAGUGUCUUCCGCUUCUCUUUUGUGCCUGUGGUAGAUGGAGACUUCCUCAGUGACACCCCGGAGGCCCUCAUCAACGCUGGAGAUUUCCACGGCCUGCAGGUGCUGGUGGGUGUGGUGAAGGAUGAGGGCUCCUAUUUUCUGGUUUACGGGGCCCCAGGCUUCAGCAAAGACAACGAGUCUCUCAUCAGCCGGGCCCAGUUCCUGGCCGGGGUGCGGGUCGGGGUCCCCCAGGUGAGUGACCUGGCUGCCGAGGCUGUGGUCCUGCAUUAUACAGACUGGCUGCACCCUGAGGACCCAGCACGCCUGAGGGAGGCCAUGAGUGAUGUGGUGGGUGACCACAAUGUCGUGUGCCCUGUGGUUCAACUGGCUGGGCGACUGGCCGCCCAGGGUGCUCAGGUCUAUGCCUACAUCUUUGAUCAUCGUGCAUCUACGCUCUCCUGGCCCCCCUGGAUGGGGGUGCCCCACGGCUACGAGAUCGAGUUCAUCUUUGGGCUCCCUCUGGAACCCUCGCUAAACUACACCAUUGAGGAGAGAGCCUUUGCCCAGCGACUGAUGAAAUACUGGGCCAACUUCGCCCGCACAGGGGACCCCAAUGACCCCCGGGACCCUAAAGCCCCGCAGUGGCCACAGUACACGGGGGUAUCGCAGCAGUACGUGAGCCUAAACCUGCGGCCUCUGGAGGUGCGGCGGGGGCUGCGAGCCCAGGCCUGCGCCUUUUGGAAUGGCUUCCUACCCAAAUUGCUCAGCGCCACCGCCUCGAAGGCUCCCAGCACCUGCCCAGGCCCCGCCCACGGGGAGGCUGCCCCGAGGCCCAGGCCCGGCCUCCCCCUGCCCCUCCUUCUCCUCUUCCUCCUCCUCUCCCGGCUCCAGCGGCUGUGACCACGGCCUCUUCCCCUCCGGCCUCUGGGGGCCCCUCUUCUAAUGAGUGGUCGGGCCGGGGGGAGGGCCCCACUCAGGGAUCUCCGACCCAGCGCCCCUCCCCCUCAAACCGAGAAGCUCACACUGGACAGGGCGUGGGGGAGGGUUGACCUACGAUCCGGCUCAGGGACUCACACGCCUUUGUUGUUUAAAUGGAAAAGUCCAUUUUCUUUUUUUAUAAAAUUAUUCCUUGGA